AUGCAUACGAGAAAGGAAUAUUCAGAACAUCUUAAAACGCACAAGGAACAAGAUUUACAUAAGUGCGCUUGGCCCGAAUGUGGAAAGAAAUUCCUUUCCCUAACAGGAUUUCUAAGGCAUAAAGAAGUGCAUCAACCUAAACUUCAUUGUGAAAACUGUAACGAAUCCUUUUCUUAUAAAAUUACACUAAAGAAGCACAUGGAACAAUUCCAUGGAUUUAGAG